ACAAAAGGAGGCAAAGCCUGACAAGGGCUGGCUCUUAACAGAAUCAGGAAAGGGCUGAGAAAGAAACGAAACUGAAACUUAAAAUAACACAGCCUCCUUUGUGCGCACAAACGAGGAGGAUCGAAUUACAGGCGUAAACAGUCUCACACCCCAAUCGCCUAACGCAUUUUUGUCUCAGGCAGACCUGAGGGUUUUCAUAAAUUUGGUACGUAGCGUUUUAUUCUUAUUUGUGCUAGGUGACAAUUUAUAAUCGGGGACGACAGGGUUGCUACUGUUAUUUCCGGAGUGGAGUGAGAAAUAGUGAGCGAGAGCUCUGUGGAAUGGACAAAGUUACACAUUAAGUGCAAGGUUGGGAAGAGAAAAUGGAGCCCCCUGGAGCAGCAGAAGCCAAUCUGGAAGAGGUAAAGCAGUCAGAGGCCUUAUCCAGUCAGCCAUCUUUACCCAAAGCCAUUAAGGAAUGGGACAAGCAUCAUGUUAAACAAUGGAUUCUUCAAGAACCUGACCUGGAUGACUCAUGUGCCCAGAUUCUGUAUGACCAAGACAUCAAUGGACCCAGCCUUCUUCUGCUAGACAGGUCUGACUUGCUGAAUAUGGGCAUAAAGUAUGGGCCAGCUAAGCUGAUUGUUCAUAAGAAAGAUGAACUUGUUCGGCUUAAAAAGGAGCAGCCAAGCACACAAGGAAUACCCUCCAGCCGGCCAUGCAAGCCCUACCCUUUCCAAUGCUUCCAUGAUGCCUACCGUUACACAGAAAACAGGACACUAGACAUUCCAGAAACAGGGCCAUCCAACCUCAUUGACCCCUGCCAUGAGUUCAAAGCUUUCAUCCACACACAAGAGGGAAGCACUGAGGACCAGAUGCAGAAGUUCACUGAGGAAACAGUCCGUUUUUCAGCAGCCUGCAUGAACAGUCGCACCAAUGGCACCAUCCAUUUUGGGGUAGGUGACCGACCCGAAUUUGCCCAUGGACAAAUCCUGGGGGUGCGUGUGCCUGACAAGGAAGCCUAUGUCAAUGAGUUGCCUCGGGCUAUCGAGGGGCACUUUGAGCACAAGCAUGUAGAGACAGCUAAGAAAUGCAUCAAGCCCCCUCGCUUUGUGGAAGUAUUGAACCCUGACAUGACCUCCUCAGACAAGUACGUAAUUGAGGUGGACAUUGUGCCAGCUUACCUGAUGUGCCAAGAAAAUGUUUACCAUGUCUACAAUGUGGAGAGAAAGAAGGGGAAAAAAAAGAUUAAAGGCAAAGACGAGAUGGGAAAACCGUUCUAUGUGCGUGAUGGUGCCUCAAGCCGAGACCUCUUGGCAGAGACCUCCAAAAGCAAGCCUCUGGAGGAGUACAACAGGUUCAUCGAGAGCACCGUGAAGGAGCUGGCACUGAUGAGGAAAGAAGCAGAAGACAAACGCCUAGCUGCUGUGAAGAGCAGUGUCCAGGGCUCCAAGCUGAGGGAGAUGAUAACAGGACAUACCUGGUCCUUGGACAAGUCCCAUUUUGAGUGGUAUGUACUUGUAACCAACAAAUCACACUUUACACAGUUGGACUCUCUGGAGUUUCUGCUAGAAUUGAACCUGAUCGCAGUGCUGGAUUUUGACCCAGAGUCAGCGAAGACUGGCCUUUACCGGUACUAUGAAGACCAGAGGAAAACAAAUGCCCACUUUCCCAGGGACUAUAAAAUCACAGAGGCUGUGGAAGACAUUGCAAGCAAGCUGAAAUUGACCAAGAACACAAGCUGGGUGUUCUGCAAUGGCUGUUUGACAGAAGAGGUGGGAUUAGUUGAGCCAUCAGAUCCAGAGACAUGGCCAACAGACAAAGGGGCAUCAGUGCGGGAUGUCAUAUCCUUCUUGUGCAGGAAGGAUAUUCUCCCACCAAAGAGGUUCUUAGUGGUUUUCCUGCUUUUAUCAAGUGUAACAGACAAAAUGGACCCAUUGUUGAAGACUUUCAACACCUUCUGGGAGGAGCUUGGGGGCACUGAGCAGAUUCUUUGUGUCUGUGAGAACAAGGCUAUGUUCACAAGCUGGCGGGACCUGAUUGAUGCCCAGUAUGGGGUUAAUAUCACCUCUAGGUCGAUUUAUGAGCUCAGCCUUCCUGAAGUCAAUGGCACCGUUCUGAGCCUGUGGUCUGUUAACCGCAGCUCUAGCAGCUUUUUGCCUUGCACUGGUGGUGGCAGGGUGCUCCUGCGAAAGAAGGACAAGGAUGGUAUGGAUGCCCUGAGCAUCCUCUGUGCAAACCAAUGUGAGGGCGGCGGUGCAGAAGAUAGACAGACGGUUGAAGAGCGGUUCUACAAAGGUGGAAAAGUAUCAUGGUGGAAUUUCUAUUUCUCAGAAGAGCCUGGCUCCAUGCCAUUCAUCAAGAGAGACAAGUUCAGUUUAAUAAGGGACACCAUCAUCCCUGAGCUGCUCUACUUUCGGAAGGCCUGUGUCUCUUUCAGCUUGUGCCAUCUCCCUGGCUGUGGGGGCACAACGCUGGCCAUGCAUAUACUGUGGUCACUGAGGGACAAGUUUCGCUGUGCAGUGCUGAAGGAUAAAGCCAUGGAUUUUGCUGUGGUCGCAGCCCAGGUAGUGUGGUUACUAACAUAUGGGGUUGCAGAACAUGCCACUCACUUGCCUGUGUUGCUAAUGGUGGAUGACUUUGAGGAAGUGGAGGCUGUGUAUGAUUUGGAGCAGCAAAUUGAGAAAGAAAUUGUUAAAAAGGAACUUGGCUCCCAAGGCCCUUUGGUUGUUGUGCUAAACUGCAUGAGGAUAGAGGUAGCUGAGCAGCUUGGUCAGGACACAGUUUUCCUUGGAAAUAACCUUUCCAAGGGUGAACAGGACCAGUUCCAGAAGAAGCUUGAAGACAUCGAGAAGACCCAUAAGAAUGCUGAGACCUUCUAUGGCUUCAUGAUUAUGAAGAAAAAUUUCCUGCCGGAGUACAUCCAGGGUGUUGCCCGGAACACGCUCAAGGGCUUUAGCCUUCACCACAAGCAAGACCAGCUGAUCGCUGUCCUGGCAUUACUGCAUGUGUAUGGGCAGGGCUCUCUACUUUCUGUUUCACUCUGUGAAGAGUUCCUGGGAAUGCAGACCAAAUCUUACUGUGCCUCUCAAAAAGUGGAGGAUGAGUUUGGGAAAUUCUCCACCCUGGUAACCCGCUGCACUGUGGAAGUCAAGAUGUCCUAUGAAGCUGUACGAACAAUCCAUCCCCAUGUGGCCGAAUACUGCCUGCAAGAGCUUACUACCACCUACAAAGUGAGCAAGAGUGAGAUUGCUAACCUUCUGCUCACAGAAGACAUAUUUUAUACGAGUGUGCAGGGAAAGGAAAACUUAUUGCAGGAUAUUCGUGGCAUGCUUGUCAAGAGGAGACAUGGGAAAGCAGGAGAUGAAAGUCGCUUUUCUCCUUUGAUCCUGGCCAUCAUGAAAGAGACCUCUGGUGCAGAGGAGAGUGUGCUGUCAAAUGCAGCAAAGCGCUUCCCCAAACACCCUGUCAUCUCCCAGCUCCUGGCUAGAUACCACUAUCUGAAAAAAAGAGACUUCCGAAUAGCAAGAGACUGGGCCAAGAAGGCUAAAGAGCUAGCCAUUGACAACUCAUACAUCGCUGACACCUCAGCACAGGUUAUUAAGCAUGAGUUAAAGUAUAUUUUGACCAGUUUUAAGGAUGAGAAGUCUCUCAUCACACCAGAAAGACUUAGAGAAUGCCUAAGAAAAGCCCAUGCUGCUAUUGAAGCCUUUAGAGAAACACAGGAAAUUGCAAGAAAGGAAUCAGAAUUUCGUGCCAGGCCAGUAAACAGGAGAGACAACAGAUCUUUCAACACAGCAGGAUGUCUGGGAGAGAUCCAAGUGUCAGUGAUUAUCUUUGACAUCCUGGACAAGGUCCCUGUUUUCAACCCCUGUGACCCAGUUCGCCAUAGUAUCAUGGCUAAGUACCUUUCAGGAAGUAUUAGGAUUCAGGAUAUUGCCAGAAACGUCACGCAGCGUUUGUAUGCAUCUUAUUUCUGCGUCCUUCAGGAAUACAAUGAACUGCUCAGCAAUCUGAAGAACAGCAUGAAGAGACUGUUUGAUUUCCUAGACUUCUAUUUCAUCAACCUGGGUCCAAGGUAUGCUGAGAAGGACCAGAGAGAAGACAGGACCCGAGAGGAGCUACUCAGGUGCUUUUGUCGCUAUGUUGAUGUCUUUUGCAAGUCAAAUGCUCCAGAACCAACAGGAAUGCAAAACCUGAUGCACAUGUUGAACAUUCAUAAAGCAAUACAGGAACUAGAGAUGAGAAAAGCAGACACCUACUCUAGACUACUUGAAAGCCUCUCAAAAAAUACUCCAGGAAAGGAUAUGGAGGAAAUAGUUGAACGAUAUGAUUUUAUACUUAAGAACUCCAGAAACAAGACAGUGAAAUGCAAGGUAAAUUACAUCUACGCAAAUAUUGUGCUUCAUUGCAUAAAGCCUGCCUCGCAGUUAAUCUGCCGAUAUCCUAACCUCAUAAUUAAGCUAGUUCAUGUUCUUGGGUGUCCCAUCCAGGACAGUGACAGCCUGGCACUGUAUUUCAUAGCUACUGCACUUUUGUGGCCAGAUAGAAACCUUCUGGCAGGAGGUGAGAAGCUGGGGAACUACAUCUCUCAAAUGCGGACCUCAUUUUGGAGUCAGAUGCAUUCUGUUUGGCAUUCCAAGAAGCCGACUGUCCAUUUCUAUUUGGGAAAGAAGCAAGGUUAUGACCGGUUAGUCCCCAGGGAUCAAAUAGAAAUGUGCAUUCACCCCAGUCAGGUGGGAGUAAACUCCUUGGGGGCAAAUGGCAGGAACAGGAAGGAAGAGGAAGAGAGGAAACAGCAGCUUCUAUGCCGCGUAACUGGAGAAGUUCAAAACAACAGUAUUUUAGCAGAGACCCCAAACCCAGGUGUGAAGAUACCAGUGACUCCAGUUUACAAGAGCCAGUUGAUAGGGAGAGGGAACAGCACUAGAGUUUCCUUCUACGUUGGCUUUUCCAUGAAUGGGCCACUGGCUUUUGACAUUGAGUCUAUCCAAUCUCUUGGAAACUCUGGGGCAUCACAGACAUAAAUUGCAUUAUUUUUGGCUCUUAUCCAUUUAGAAUGAACAUACAGUACAGAUAAUACAGCAAGAAGACUGGAUCUUCUUGGACCAAGAAAAACAUCUCUGAGUUGGAUUCCAAAAGACGUCCCACAAGCUGUAAACAGUAAAAUUGCAGGUGAAAGUUGGCUGAGAAUAACUGAAGACAGAUCUGUGUAAGAAUCAUGUGGAGGCCUCCAUGUAGCACUGGAUUAAGCUUUGUAAUGCAUUUUAUUUUGCUCAUUUGGAAACAUCAGUCUGGUAUUUAUUAUAUGCUGACUCACCAACUAAUCACUUGCAGCCCCUGUUAAAAACAAAUACCAUUCUGAGAGCCAGAUAAAAUAUUUUUUUCAUGUACACUAUAAGAUGUGCAUGAUUAAUCCUUUAGGUCACUUUUUGUAAAGUCAGCAAACAGUUAAGUUAAAACACAAAAUAGAGGACGAUCACACAGCUACUGCUAUAGACUGUUUUGCAUGCCCAAGUCCAUCCAUGCACUUACAGCAUAUCUUGGAGUUUUCCUCCACCACCUGGGCCUCCCGACCACAGUAUCCUGGCUAUUACACCUUUCCUGCACUAUCAAGAACUGACCGCUAUGAACUGAAACUCAUAAUGAAGCUCAUAACUAAGAACUGAAACAUUCCAGUCUUUUAGAGCUCAGGUGCUGGUCCGAGGAUGCUUGUACUGUAUAUGGUAAGCUUGCUGUACUUUUUAUGUUGCACUGUAUAACUUAAAAUAUUCCUGCCUAUUGUACUGUAUAUCUUUGACCUUGGAAGUACUGCAUUGAUUAUUACAAUGUGGUUUUAAAUAUUUCCACGUUAUACAGUAUGCUGAAAAUCAGAUUUUCUUCUUCUCUACCAUUCUCAAUAUUUGUAGCUUUGUCUUUGCAGGUCUAACUUAAAAGCCUCUAUAGAAAACCAAGGAAAAACAGCUUUGCAAAUAAUAUUAUUUUACUUAUUUUAUGUUAAAUUUUUAUUAAGUAUUUUACUAAGUAGUUGUGUUACAGAUAAAUAUUUAUAUAGGUGAUUCAUUUAGGCAAAGAUCAGGUACUUCUUAAGUAUUUUUUGUCAUUUUAAUGAUGUGGCUUUUUAUUUUGAGUCAAUUUAUAACCAUAAAGUCGAACAAAUCUUAAUUGUGAAAUAUGUUUCAUUGUUGUAAAUGUCAUGUUUUGCACUGAGCUACUGUUUGGUUGGCGUUAUUUGUAUCAGCAGCAUAAUUAAUAAAUUUCAGGAGGUUUCUGAUGGUC